GUGGGGGAGGGGAGAACAUGGCAGCGCUCUCGGCCGGGCCGGGCCCCUUUGCUCUCGGUUCUGACGCAGCUUCUACCUUGGCUUUGCUCGCCGCUUUACCUGCUUUCCUGCAACCUUGUUUCGCUUCUCCUUUCGACUCCCUUCCUUUAGCCCUUACUUCUGCCUUCAUCUAUUCCCCCUCUCCAGCCCUACACUGGGUCGGAGUGUGAGAAGUUGGGUGUAGAUUCUGGAGGGAUCCUGCCUCUAUUGGAGCUUUUGCUGCCAGGCAGUAGCAACUGUGAACUAGAGUGAAGCAGAAAUCCAGGAAGAUGAGCUCCAAGAUGGCCAUGAGUGAACCAAGACUGAACUGGGAUGUUUCCCCCAAAAAUGGCUUUAAGACAUUUUUCUCUCGAGAAAAUUAUAAAGAUCAUUCCAUGGCUCCAAGUUUGAAAGAACUGUUUGUUUUAUCUAACAGACGUAUAGGAGAAAAUUUGAAUGCCUCAGCAAGUUCUGUGGAAAAUGAGCCGGCAGUUAGUUCAGCAACUCAAGCAAAGGAAAAAGUUAAAACCACAACUGGAAUGGUUCUUCUUCCAAAACCAAGAGUUCCUUAUCCUCGUUUCUCUCGUUUCUCACAGAGAGAGCAGAGGAGUUAUGUGGACUUGUUGGUUAAAUACGCAAAGUUUCCUGCAAAUUCCAAAGCUGUUGGAAUAAAUAAAAAUGACUACUUUCAGUAUUUGGAUAUGAAAACACACGUGAACGAAGAAGUUACUGAGUUCCUAAAGUUUUUGCAGAAUUCUGCAAAGCAAUGUGCACAGGAUUAUAACACGCUUUCUAAUGAUGCCCGUCUCUUCACAGAGCAAAUUUUAAAAGCUUGCAUUGGACAAGUGAAAAGGUAUCCAGAAUUUUAUACUCUUCAUGAAGUCACCAGCUUAAUGGGAUUCUUCCCAUUCAGAACAGAGAUGGGAUUAAAGUUAGAAAAAACUCUUCUUGCAUUGGGCAAUGUAAAAUAUGUGAAAACAGUAUUUCCCUCAAUGCCUACAAAGUUGCAGCUCUCAAAAGAUAACACAUCUACCACUGAAACUCCAGAACAAACAGCUGAAGCUAUGCAUUAUGAUAUUAGUAAAGAUCCAAAUGCAGAGAAGCUUGUUUCAAGAUACCACCCUCAGAUAGCUCUAACUAGUCAAUCAUUGUUUACCUUAUUAAAUAAUCAUGGACCAAACUACAAGGAACAGUGGGAAAUUCCAGUGUGUAUUCAAAUAAUACCUGUUGCAGGUUCAAAACCAAUUAAAGUAAUAUAUAUUAAUUCACCACUUCCCCAAAAGAAAAUGACAAUGAGAGAGAGAAAUCAAAUGUUUCAUGAAGUUCCAUUAAAACUCAUGAUGUCCAAAAACACAUCUGUUCCAGUCUCUGCAGUAUUUAUGGACAAACCUGAAGAGUGUAUAUCUGAAAUGGACACAUCCUAUGAAGUUAGUGAGUGCCGAAAAAUUGAGACUCUUGAAAAUUCGGAUCUGGAUUUCGAUGAUGAUGUCACAGAACUUGAAACUUUUGGAGUAACCACCACCAAACCAUCAAAGUCACCAAGUCCAGCAAAUACUUCCAUAGUACCCAACAUGACAGAUCCUCCCACAGCCCCCAAAGCAGCAGCUAUACCUGUGGCACCAAGUGCACCAGACAUUUCUGCAAAUUCUAGAAGUUUAUCUCAGAUGCUGAUGGAACAAUUGCAGAAGGAGAAACAACUGGUCACUGGUAUGGAGGGUGGCCCUGAGGAGUGCAAAAAUAAAGAUGGUCAGGAAUUUGAACCAUGUGGUGAAAAGGUACCAAAUUCUGACAAGUCAUUGAUGCAAGAUAGUGACUUGAAAACAUCUGAGGCCUUACAGUUAAGAAGUUCUAAGGAAAUUGAAACUUCUAAUAAAAAUGAUAUGACUACAGAUGUGGUACAUGCCAAUGAUGAAAGACUAAAUGUUCUAGAAAACACAGACAACUCAAAGGAAAAAACUGUUACAUCAGAGGCAUCUAAAACUGAAGAUGUAAUUCUUUGCCAUAGUGAUACAGAUGAGGACUGUUUAAUCAUUGAUACAGAGUGUAAAAAUAAUAAUAAUAAUAAUAAUGGAAAGACAGCUGUUGUGGGUUCUAAUUUAAGCUCUAAACCAGCUAGCGCAAAUUCUUCAGGACAGGCAUCUGUAGGAAACCAGACUAACACUGCUUGUAGUCCAGAAGAGUCAUGUGUUUUAAAAAAACCUAUCAAACGAGUAUAUAAAAAAUGUGAUCCAGUUGGAGAGAUUUUAAAAAUGCAAGAUGAGCUCUUAAAGCCAAUUUCCAGAAAAGUACCUGAAUUACCCUUAAUGAAUUUAGAAAAUUCCAAACAGCCAUCUGUUUCUGAGCAACUCUCUGCUCCUUCAGAUGCGUCCAGUUGGCCAAAAUCUGGAUGGCCUUCUGCAUUUCAGAAGCCAAAAGGACGAUUGCCAUAUGAACUUCAGGACUAUGUUGAAGAUACAUCGGAAUAUCUAGCUCCCCAGGAAGGAAAUUUUGUUUACAAGUUAUUUAGCCUGCAAGACUUGUUGUUACUCGUGCGUUGCAGUGUCCAGAGGAUAGAAACAAGACCACGUUCUAAGAAACGGAAGAAAAUCAGACGACAAUUUCCAGUUUAUGUACUACCAAAAGUAGAGUAUCAAGCUUGUUACGGAGUUGAAGCUCUGACUGAAAGUGAACUUUGUCGCUUAUGGACUGAAAGUUUGUUGCAUUCCAACUGUUCGUUUUAUGUUGGGCAUAUUGAUGCAUUUACUUCAAAGCUUUUCCUGCUAGAAGAAAUUACCUCAGAAGAAUUAAAAGAAAAGCUUUCAGCACUCAAGAUUUCAAGUUUAUUUAACAUCCUCCAACACAUUCUAAAGAAAUUAAGUAGCUUGCAGGAGGGUUCCUACUUGUUGUCUCAUGCAUCAGAAGAUUCUUCACUCCUGAUCUAUAAGACCUCUGAUGGGAAAGUUACUAGAACAGCAUAUAAUUUGCAUAAAACACAUGGCGGUCUUCCUGGUGUACCUUCUAGUCUGUCAGUUCCCUGGGUCCCAUUAGAUCCAAGUCUCUUAUUACCAUAUCAUAUCCAUCAUGGAAGAAUACCUUGUACUUUUCCACCCAAAUCGCUGGAUCCUACAACACAACAAAAGGUUGGUGGAACAAGAAUGCCUACACACAGCCACAGGAAUCCAGUUUCCAUGGAAACCAAAGGCAGUUGCUUGCCUGCUCAGCAAGUUGAAAAUGAAGGAGUGGCUUCAAAUAAAAGAAAACUAACUUAAGAACUGUACCAUGGAAAAUGAAAUUUCAGAAAAGCGAAUUAUAGCAAUGUUUAAUUUAGAAAAGUUUGAGGGGAAAUAUGCUUAAAAGAUCAGUAAGCAAGAGGAACAUUUUUCCUGUAGUAUCCUCAUGAGUUCUUAGAGUGCCUUGAAAAAAGUAUGUUGGCCAUGUGAAGUAUGUUUCAAUGAAGUGGAAUGUUACGCUCUUCACCCUUAAAGUUUUAGGAGAAUCUAAUCUAGACGUUUUAACAUUAUCAUAAUAGGGAAAUAUAUUAAGAAGAAAUGUAUUUUUACAUUAGACCGUUUCCAAAAAUUGUAAAGAUAAAUAAUUUGUUUUUUUUCAGGAACAACACUUAUUAUUCAUGUUAAUAAUUUGAGUUAUAUAUUGCCAGUCUGUUGAGACUAGCUCAAAAGAUUAAAUAUUACCGUUGUCAGAUAUGAUUAUGAGCAUUACAAACCUUGUUUCUGACUCAUUUUAACAGUUUUUACAUACUACUUUAAACUGAUGAUUCUUGCAGGUUAAUAAAGUUAAUACCUUUAAAAA